CGUUCCCUCGCUUGGUCUUAUAUAGCACGGCCCCGGUGCUAUUUUCUCUGCGGCUUUUUGUAUCUUCUCCUUUUUUCCCCCCGCCUCUGUGUGUUUUUAGAUAUCAGAACUGUUCACGCCAUCUAUCUACGAUUCUUGACAAACGUCCGAACGUCUCUGUGAUUAUUGCGGCUGUCGACUGGGAUCUAAUUCAAGAUGAGCAACAGCACGCUUGCGGCUCAGGCCGAGUUCCGCCAGUCGUUGAGGGAGGGCUGCCAUGCUUACGUGGAGGGGUAUGGCACAUCAUAUGGCUACCAGCCAUCACUGGCCGCAGGCAUCGUAUUCUGCGUGCUCUUUGGGGUCUCCAUGCUUGCGCAUCUGGUGCAGAUGGUAUGGAAGAGGACAUGGUGGUGUACGGUAUUCGUCCUCGGGUGUGCUGUUGAACUCAUCGGUUGGGCCGGUCGUACAUGGUCUGCAGAGUGUCCAUAUAACUCGACUGCGUUCCUGAUGCAGAUUUCCACCCUGAUCAUCGCCCCAACCUUCUUCACCGCGGGAAUCUACGUCCUUCUGGGCCGGUUUAUUGCGCUGAUGGGCCCGGAAACCUCGAUGCUGAGCCCCAAGCUGUACCUCUGGAUCUUCGUCACCUGCGACAUUGUGUCGUUGGUCGUGCAGGCCAUCGGCGGCGGGCUGGCGUCGAUCGCCUACAACAGCGCGGACGGCAACACCGAGCCCGGCACGCACACCAUGGUGGCCGGUAUCGUCUUCCAGCUGGCCUCGAUCACCGUCUUCGUCCUGCUGGCGGCCGACUUCGUGCGCCGCACCCUGCGCCUCCGCCUCCUGCAGACCAUGACCGGCUCCGUCGUGCCCCUGCUGGGCGCCAUGAUUCUGUCGGUCGUCGUCAUCUACGUCCGGAGCAUCUACCGCACGAUCGAGCUGUCGCAGGGCUGGUCCGGCUACCUCAUCACCCACGAGGUGUACUUCAUCGUCCUCGACGGCGUCAUGAUGGUCAUCGCCGUCGCCGUGUUCAACGUCUUCCACCCCGGCUGGCUGCUGCCCAAGGGGGCCGUGAAGCCGUUCCAUCGAGAGAUCAACUCGUUCGACAUGGAGAGACGAUGAAUCCCGGAACGAUUCGCUUCUGUUUUUGCAUUUUCAUUGCAUGCGCGAAUUCCAUAUCCGAGUAUUUUUUGGGGGGCCUUAUACUUUCUUUUUCAUUCCCACCACCCUCCUCCCCCUUUCUCUGUAAUUGACUUAUUCUGUCCCGAACAUAGACUCUAUACCCCACCCCCACUUCUAUCUUCCUAUCUUCUCAUCUCAUC